CCACUUUCAAUCGUUAAUAAAAUAAAUUCCUCGCAAAAUUAUUGCAAAAACAGAAAAGGGCGCGCCUCAGUAAGUGAAAUUCCUCUAUCACCCCUCCAAAUAUGAUCAAUUUCUUUGAUGAUAGACCUCUGAGAAUAGAAAACUUUCGUUCUAUCCAAGAAGAACUUAAUUUGCCUGCUUAUAAUUUUGUUAAACACGUCAGUUCUAGAUGGCUUACCCUUCAAGAUGCAUCAAAACGUUUAAUUGAACAAUGGAAAGCAAUUAUGAAGUAUUUUCUAGAAUAUAUUCCUCUCCGACAAAAUAACACACUUAAAAGCAAACAAUAUCAAGAUAUUGUCGAACUCAUAAAAAUGAAAAAUAUGAAGGCUCAAGUUCUAUUUGUUUCUUCUAGUGUUAAAAUUUUCAACCGCUUCACAGGAACUUUUCAGAAAUCGGAACCUCUUAUACACAUUUUAUAUGAUGAGCUAAAGCGACUGGGAAAAACUCCCAUUGGAAAAAUAUGCAAACAUGCAUCCAUAAAAAAAUUUGGACUCGUCGAAAAAGUUCUUGAAUCGGAAAAUCUGCUUCUUGCUAAAGAUAUAAAACUGGAUGAUGAAGUAGAGGUCGAAUUAUCACAAUUGGAUGAAACAAUUCAGUUAGAAAUCAAAAUUCGACCCCAAAAGCAUUUCGUUGUCGCCUGUAAACAUAUGCUACAAAAAAGCGCAAUCAAUAAUGAUGUAAAAUAUUGCCAGUGCUUACAAGCAGAGCAACGAAGGUUGUCAUAGUAUUAAACAGAUAUCGAAACUUGCUCGAGUCCUUCCAUUGGACAUAGACAUUGAUUUGCUUCAGGAUGAAUGGAAAUUUCUUCAAGAAGAAAAGAUAAGGUCAUUAAUGUUCGUACCGACAAAUAUUGGUCACAGUUUUUUGACUUAAAAACAGCUCUUUGUGAAUUUAAGUAUCCAACAGUAACACGUUUUAUAAAAGUAGUCUUAUCUUUAACCCAUGGCAACGCUGAAGUAGAAAGGGGGGUCUCGCAUUCUGCCAAAUGGGUCAAAUCAUACCUAACAAAUCAAAGUUGUCCCUCAGUUCUCCGAUUUUUGUGAAACUUUGAGAAAUUUUAAAGGAAUAUAUGCAAAUAAAAAUUCCAAAAAAGAUUUUCGAAAAUUUAAAAAAUUUGUGGUUG